AAUGGCCUCUGCACCACAGUAGCUUCUUCUGAGCUGCUGGGGCACCGAGAGGAAGAUGCUGGACCUGAGCUUUCUGACCGAGGAUGAGUAUGAAAAGCUCUUACAGGUGCUGCAGAGGGAUGCAGAGCUCAAGAAAAAGGACGGUGAUCGGAUCAGGCGAUUGCAAGACUCACUUAAGGAUGAAAAGAAGAAGAAAUUUGUGACUGGGGAAUGGUUUCAUGAGGUGAAGGCGAAGCGGUUUCAAGAAGACUUAGAAGGGCCGGAUCUACUUCGAGUUUCGAUUAGAAAGAGACAGAGCAGCACCGACCAUGAAACAAUUGAGUGUGCCCAAGAGAGUCCGGAAGGCGGAACGACACGUUUGCCCUCGGAAGCAACAGCUGUACCCUUCCUUGAAUCGGAAGAAGACAGACCACCGGAACCAGCUUUGGAUUCUGCAGAAGGAUGUCAAAUGAAGCCCAAGCCAAGACUGAGGCUGUCGACCCUUCCAUCAACUGAAAAGAGAUCCAGUCUAGAAGAUAUUUCUCCAGCCGACAGCGGUGUUGGUGUAAGUCCAUUCUUGGCCACGAGAAACAACUCACAAGGAUAUGGAAAAGGCUCUGAGCUUUCCGUUGUUGUUACAGGCCAUGAAGGACACUCUGAAAAGGAUCUGAAUGAUUUCACUUACCUGGCCGGAAUGGAUGUUCCUGAUACUGCUACAGGAAGCCCAUCGAUCCAGCCAGCUGCUCAGGAAAAAACAAGUCCUUCCAGCAAGAUACCAGUUAAGGCAAAGUCUAGCAAAGGACUAUUCUCUCCUGACACAGUUAUCAGUAAUGCAGCCGAGAAACCAGAGUUUAACCUCGCAAAGAGACCAUCACUGAAGAGCUGCAAACUGCCCUCUCUCGGAUGGGAGGACAGUCUUCUGAAACAAGGUGACAAUUAUACUAUCUUAUCUCUCGGAAACAAAGAUGAGGAGACAGGCCUAGAUCGGGAACACUUCAAAAAUCUGAAGAACUUUUGGGAGAAGGGAGGGGAGUCUGCCUUAACUAAAGAUACAUCUGAGAAACCCUCUGAAAAAACCAGCAUGGUGGAAGUCAACGGGAGGCCACCCAGACUGAGACGGUCCCUCUCGGUACAAUCCAACCAGAGCCAAAACAGUGAUGAAAAGCAGAGCUGUAAUAUCUACUCCAAAGCCAGAGUCCGUCACAAACGAGCUGCCACCUUGUCUUCCAGUGAAGAUGAACCUACUUACAUAGCACCCCCCAGGAAAGGAUCGGGGUCCUCCAUCCCCAGAUCCACCUAUGCCAGGAGCAAAGGGGCAGCAGUUCAUAAAAACAACAUGAGUGAUGGGAAUGGGAAGCAACAUUUGGUUGAAGAAGGGAAGAAAAUGCAGCAUUGCGCACGGAGGUCCAAGUUGCCCGUCCGCGUGCCUUCGCUUAAAAUUGAGUCCCCGACAAAAGAGUUGAGCGGGAUCAUUUUUGAGCCCGAGACCCCCGCAGAUGAGUACAUCAUGGCUGAUGAAAGCAAGCGUAAGACGGAUUCGUUGGCGGGCAGGGUUCAAAUAUUAAUAGAGUCCGUGUCUUUGGAGGACCUUGAUAAAGUUACUACGGAAAGUAAUCCGGACACUCAAAACCAUCUAGAAACCAAUGAAGAACCACUUGGGGAUAAGCCGUGCGGUCCUGCCAGUGACCGACCGCAAAAUGAAGCUGCUGAUGAGAGAGAAGUCAUUCAAGAACAAAAUUCUUCUGCACUGUCAGGGGGAAAUGGGCAUUGUUCUGCCGUCACCAAGAGGUUGCCCCACACGAAUGGGCUCAAUUUUGCCAAGAGUAUGGUGAACCUUUACACCACCACAGAAACCUACAGUAAGCCUCAAAUGCUAACUCAGUACCUGGAACCAGAGAGAGCCAAAGACUUGAGCAGAUCCACCCCUCUUCUUCUCUCAGAGACAGAAUCUGACACCGCUUCAGAAAUCAGCUUCCAGUUUAGCAGGCACAAGAAAUCUCCGAGCAUGGGCAGUCAUUCCUCCGACAUGGCCUCUGUCUCCUCGGUGAGCGGCAGUGUUCUCAGCGUGUACAGUGGAGAUUUCGGAAGUGUCGAUGCCCAGGGGCUAGUUCAGUUUGCCUUGGACUACGAUGAGAAGAACCGAGAGUUCCAAAUCUACGUCUCCCAGUGCAAAGACCUGGCCGUUGUGGAUGAGAAGAAAGGCAGGACAGACCCGUACGUCAAAACCUAUCUGCUUCCCGACAAAGCUCGGAUGGGCAAGAGAAAAACCUCAGUGAAGAAGAGAACCGUCAGUCCCGUUUACAAUGAGGUUUUGCGGUAUAAAAUAGAGAAAAUGGUUUUGCUGAUUCAAAAACUGAACCUUUCGUUGUGGCACAAUGACCCGUUGGGACGGAACAGUUUCCUAGGGGAGAUGGAAAUUGACUUGGCAAGCUGGGACUGGAGCAACAACAGAUUGAAUUGGUACAUGCUCAAACCACGGAGUCUGUCUACCCUCAAUUGCGCCGACCAUCGGGGAGUCAUGAACCUGUCUAUUAAGUAUGUGCCACCUGGAAGCCAAGGCUGGAAGACCCCUGCGUCUGGCGAGGUCCAUAUCUGGGUCAAGGACUCCAAAGAUCUUCCACAGUUGCGCCCCUCUGGAGUGGAUUCCUUUGUGAAAUGCUACGUCCUUCCAGACACCAGCAAGAAAAGUUAUCAGAAGACCCGAGUGAUCAAGAGAGAUUCAAACCCCGUCUUUAACCACACAAUUGUAUAUGAUGGAUUUCACACAGAAGAUCUCAAAGAUGCGUGUGUGGAGCUGACCGUCUGGGAUCAUGAAAAACUGACCAAUCAUUUUCUUGGAGGAAUAAGGCUGGGUCUCGGGACAGGCUCUAGCUAUGGAAUCGCAGUUGACUGGAUGGAUUCCACACAAGAGGAAGUGGCGUUUUGGCAGGAAAUGAUGACAACAGCCAAUGAAUGGAUUGAAGGAACACUGCCUUUGCGCUCCUUAGCAGGGAAAAGGAAGCUGAAAUGAAACCGCCGGCUCCUAGAUGAGAACUGAAGCCCGGUUCA